AUGGCUCCUUCUCAUACAAUAACAGCUCGAAACCAGCUUUCCAUGGCCGAAGAUGGGUUCAUGUUCAUAAAAGAUGCUGCUCUGGGACAACAAGUUACAGCCAUGGUGGAAGGACAUAUUCCUGUGCAAUCUACUGCGGGGUUUACACUCUUGAAGGAAACUCUAAAAGAGGAUGCGGAUAUUAUGAAAGUACUCAGGUCUUACCUGCAAUGCGAAUCUGUUGGCUUGGGCCUUUAUCGAACGUUAGGGGCGGUACCAGGGGCAUACUCCUUUCGACAAUGCAACCCAGACCAGCCCGCUGAGUCUGUCUUGGUCCAUCUUUUGGCAAAGGAAUCAAAAAUCGGCCUAUGGAAGGGCACAGAUCGGGUAAAGGUGCCCUCCAUCCCCGGCAAAAUCGGCUUGUGGCAGGCUUCCCCGAAUGAGCUUGCGGAAGCUGGUCUGCAGUAUGUAGAGCAGACUUUCGACGAUGGUGGAUGGUGCAUUCGUGAUACUAGAGUCUUCAUGGAGGUUUUACGCGGUACAGCCCUGACUGUUGCCAUUGGCAAGGAAUCCGUACUGGGAAAGUGGCCACAUAUGAAAUUACAUAAAUCGCUCAGAGCAAUUGUGGAAAGUAUCGAAACACCGACGUUGAAAGUUAACGCGUUGUUCUAUGAUGCAGAGUAA